AUGGCGACCCGGUGGCUCUUGCUUCUUCUCAGUAUCGCCGAGAGCAGCGUCGUUCUUCAGGUCCAUGGCCAGAUCGACAAGUUAGCCGGUUUCAUAAGCAUAGACUGCGGCCUGCCAGAGAACGCCGCCGGCUACGUGGACAACACGACGAAGCUGCGGCUCACCGGGGACGCUGGCUUCAUCGAUGCAGGCACUAACCAUAACAUCUCUGCCGAGUACAUCACCCCGAGGCUGGCUCGGGGCUGGCACACCGUGCGCAGUUUCCCUGUCGGCGAGCGCAACUGCUACACGCUCCGGCCACUCGUGUUGGCAGGGCCCAAGUAUCUCGUUCGCGCCAUGUUCAAGUACGGCAACUACGAUGGUCUUGACAUGCUGCCCAUCUUCGACCUCCACCUCGGGGUUAACUAUUGGAAGACGGUGAACAUCUCUGAUGCAAGCUCACCGGUGAUGGAGGAAGUCAUCGCCGUUGUCCCAGGUGGCUCCGUGCAGGUGUGCCUGGUGAACACCGGCUCCGGGACGCCCUUCAUUUCCAGCCUGAGCCUAAGGCCCCUCACCAAAGCGCUCUACCCGCAGGCUAACGCGACGCAGGGGUUGGUUGUUGUCAAGAGGUCCAGCUUUGGCAGCAAGGGUAUCAGAUACCCAGACGAUCCUUACGACCGUACAUGGCUCCCGUGGUUCGAUCCCACGCAGUGGUCGGAGAUCUUGACGACCAAAAGUGUGAUAAAGGUUGAGAGCUUCGAGGUGCCGUCUGCGGUGAUGCAGUCCGCCAUCAAGCCACUCAACUCCUCUACCUCCAUCUAG